AUGGAAGGUGCCUUUGGGAGAUAUCUCUCUUCCCCCUUGUUCACCUUCACAGUUGGUGCCAAUAAGAAGGAAGUGACCGUGCACUCUCUUGCACUGGCAGGGCUUUCUGAGAGCUUAAAUGCUCUUAUCAAUGGUAACAUGAUCGAGGCAAAAACUAGACACGUUGACUGGUCAGAGGUCGAUGUAGACACAUUCGCUCGGUUAUGUGAAUUUGCCUAUCUCCGCAACUACACGCCCCCGUCUUUUCGCCUGAUCGAUGGCAAGUCUCCUUCCACGAAGGCCCUACAACCCGCGAAGAAAAAGAAGAAGAGCAAAGAAUUUCGCUCUUUUGUGACCUGGGACGAGCCCGUACCGGAGCCUUUUCCUGAACCCGAACCCGAGCCCGAGCCCGAGCCCGAGCCCGCGCCUGAGUUUGUGCAGGAGGCCCCUCUACCUGAAGAGGACUUCUGGGACGACCUGGAAAUUCCCUAUAAGGAAAGAAGCGUCUGGACUGGACAUUUACGCGAUGCAUUUGUAGGCGCCCUGGUGGUUCCGAGUCCGCAAAGUGGCGACUUGGACUAUACUUUCACAGCACCUGAAAAUACCGGGUCUUGGGAAGACUUUACCCCGGUGUUUCUCGAGCAAGCCCGACUGUAUGUGCUGGCGGACAAAUAUGGCAUUGAACCACUGUGCCACAUGGUCCUUUCCAAAUUGCAUCAAACGCUGAAAAGCUUCAAGCUUUAUGAAACGGGAGUGGGUGGUAUCAUUGAAUUUGUUCGAUUUGUCUACUUGAACACACCGCCAACUUACGGGCAUAAGGUUGAUUCAUUGAGAACUUUCGUAACACGUUAUGUUGUUUCUGUUCUUGGUCAAAUUGGUGAGAAUGAAUGUUUUCAAGAACUUUUAGAAGAAGGUGGACCUUUCGUCUCUGAUUUCUGGCACAUCAUUUGGAGUGUUGAGAAAGCAUCUAGCGCAUGA